UUGUUCUCUGUUAACAGCAUCCUUGUACUAUAUGCGCUCUCGCGCACGUGAAGAGGUGAUGGAGACGGAGAAUUGUUUGUCUUUUUCCUCGCCCCCAAACAGGAUCACGCCGGAGAAUUCCCCGGGUUUGGAGCAUAAUUCUGGCUCUUUCUUUCAGUGUGACGAUCUACAAAAGUCCCCACAUCUUCCACUUGCGCAUCGACAUGAGUUCUUUAACACACAGUCUAUUGGACGCUACGCUGACGGCGGUCCUGGGUACUUUACGCGCGGCGUAAGUACUACAACUCCACGCGCAUCGCCUGGAAAACAUACAAAGUAUCUAGAGAAUAUGAACCAGGACCAAAAGACUUCAUCGACCAGUGAGAAGAACUCGUCAUUUUAUGAAAAUAAUUCCGAUGGAGAUAAGCCCUUACCCAAGCCGCUUGGCUAUCCCUUCCUAGACUCUGAGUGUUGUGGAAAACUGAAAGAGCCGUCCAAUGGAUUGCCUGAAGACUCCAUCGCUGAUUCCAUUGACCUUUCAAGCAAGAACAAGAAGAGACGAAACCGGACGACUUUCAGCACCUUUCAACUGGAAGAGCUGGAGAAGGUCUUUCAGAAGACACAUUACCCUGAUGUCUAUGCACGGGAACAGCUGGCACUGAGGAUGGAGCUCACAGAGGCAAGAGUGCAGGUUUGGUUCCAAAACAGACGGGCCAAAUGGAGGAAACGAGAGCGCUACGGGAAGAUGCAAGAGGUGCGACACCACUUUGCUGCUACAUAUGAUAUCUCUCUUCUCCCUCGCUCUGACUCAUACCAGAUGCAAAAUAACCUAUGGCCAGGCAGCGCGGGAAUGGGAGGUGUAGGCGGAGCAGGCACUGGCUGUGUCCUUGGCACAGAAAACAUGCCGUCAUCCUGUAUGACCUCUUAUCCCCAUCCCCAUAGCAACCUACCUGGACUCAUGGGUAUGUCUGCAUCCACAGGCCAUCCUCAUCAUCACUCACCCCACCAUCCUAGCAUCAAUGGGAUAUACUCACUCCAUGGCUUCCCAGGAGGCCUGGGAGCCCAUUCCUUUGAACCAGGACCAGAGUCUGAAUACAAGCCCUCAGGCCUUGUGGCCCUGCGGAUGAAAACCAAAGACCCGGGAAGCCUGUUAUCCUGGCCAACAUGACCGUGCAGCUGCAGCGAUUGUAAUGACCUCACUGAGCCAACAAGCAGUUAGCAUGCCUGCACAUACAGGCAUAUUAGUGUUACCCAGAAACAAAGAACUGAAAGACAAUUUUUAAUGCUCAAUGUACACCUCUCUUUUUUGCAGCCUUUUAAUCUGUUUCCAUAUGGAAGCAUCUCAUUUGUUUGUGUAUGUUGAAACCCUGUGAGCCAAUGGGCUUGGCACACAACUUGCCUUAAUGAAAUUUCUUUUACAAAUUUUCUUGGAUACUGAAAAUUUAAAAAACUGUGUAAAAUUAAUUACCAAAGGAGAUGUGCAACAUGUUUAUUUAAGUAUGUUAAUGGUAUUCUAAUAGUUUCAGUGUAUGCAGACAAGUGUUUUAGCCCCAUCAUGACAGUUAAUAAAUGAUUUUACAUUUCCCAACUUUAUACAUUCAAAUACAUCACCACUGACAACUCACAAUAGUUUUGUGUGCCAAUUUCUUAUAGAUAAAUACUUUACAUUUAGGCUGAUUAUUUUUGGUAUUUGAGAGAGGAUGUCGCCAUAUUAUAUUACUGUAAUAAUGCCGGAUGGUGGCAUUUUUUGUAAAUGGAUAAAUGGCUGCAAAGUCUGUCAAGUGUCACUCAAUGCAUCAGCAGCAUGUGACAGCCCUGCUAAUACAAAACCAACUAAGCAACCACAAACCCCUCACUCUUGGAUUGAUUAUGGAUUCCAAAGCGUCUCUCCGUCACGCUCAUCAACUUUUCUGGUGUCUUGGUGUGGUGUCUGACAGCAGGGGCAGAACCACAAGCCAGAUGAGUUCUUAGUCAGCUUACAUGCUAUGAUACAAUAGUUUUUGCCAAAAAUUAAACAAACUUUAAAAGCACUUUUGAGUCCAUGGCUCUGGUGGAUACAAAAUAGUGUUCAAGGAGAUAGUGUUAAAAAUGUUUGGGGGUUAAAUUGUAAUAGAAAAUAUUUUAAAGCAAUAGGAACCUCCACAAACAAGAAUCUGAUUGGUAUUACCUGACAUUUUUGUAUGGAUUUAAAUUAAUAUAUGGACUUCAAUUACAAAUGAAUGUACAUACACUCACUGAGCACUUUAUUAGGAACACUAUGGUCCUAACAAAGUGCCUGACGUUGCCUUCUGUUGUUGUAGCCCAUCUGCCUCAAUGUGCAACAGGUUGUGCAUUCUGAGAUGCUAUUCUGCUCACUACAAUUAUACAGAGUGGUUAUCUGAGUUACCGUAGCCUUUCUGUCAGCUCGAACCAGUCUGGCCAUUCUCCGUUGACCUCUCUCAUCAAUAAGGCGUUUCAGUCUGCAGAACUGCCAUUAACUGGAUGUUUUUUGUUUAUGGCACCAUUCUGAGUAAACUCUAGAAACUGUUGUGGGUUAAAAUACCAGGAGAUCAGCAGUUAAAGAAAUACUCAAACCAGCCUGUCUGGCAGCAACCAUCAUGCCACGGUUGAAAUCACUGAGAUCACAUUUUUCCCCAUUCUGAUGGUUGAUGCUCCUGACCCAUAUCAACAUGGUUUUAUGCAUUGCACUGCUGCCACACAGUUGGCUGAUUAGAUAAUCGCAUGAAUAUGUAGGUGUAAAGGUGUUCCUAAUAAAGUGCUCAGUGAGUGUAAAUCCAAUACAGUUCUUGUACAAUUAUUUCAUACUGCUUAGUGCAAACUUUUUUUAAUCUAUACAACUAUGUUCCUCAUAGGGACAGAGCUCACAAGCAUGGAAAAGUGUAUUUCUAAGACAAGUCAAUAUCAGAAGUUAUAGUUUCACAUGCUGUUUGUGUUUUUUGAAAUGCCAAUCCAAUGUGGAAAAUAGUUAAGAGUUUUGUGUCCCAGCAAUGUGACUGGAAUGGACUUUUCAGCUCCAUCUGGUUUUAAAGACCACAUGCCAAUCCUACUAGCAACUCUUUAAGGGUG